UAUGUCUCCCACGUCAUGUGUUUCCAUCUAUUGUUUUAGUCUCGAAUUAACUUGACGUUUGAUGUCUGAACAUUCUGUUCUUUUAAAAUAUAAAUAUUUUGUCCACCAAUUUUUCACUAAAUCAACGAAUAAUUUGUCCAAUUUGAAUCGGAAUUCUAUUUGAAACGGUCAAUUGUGUUGUGUACGUGUUAUCGAUAAUGGAAAGUGGUGAAAUUUACCAAGAUUUCCUAAGGGAAUAUCAAUUGUUAUUGGAAAAUGAGAAGCGACGGUUGAAUUUCGUAUCAGAGAAAUCCAACAAUGUAACGGAUGAAGUAGCUGGACCCACUUCAGUAGAAGACAAAACCAGAAAGAAUAUUGUGGAGGACAAAAAAUCGACUGAAAUAGAGAAAUCUGUUGUAAAAGAGCAACAGAUUACGCAUGAAGAUCCUAAGGACGUUGCAUGUGACAAUCACAAACGGACUAAAAUGAUGGAACAAUGGAUCACAGAUUCAUUCUACACAUCGUUCCCCAGCUUUAACCAGCAGGAACGGAAUGCCAAUCAGUUGGCUGACGAUCGUCGUGAGGAUUAUAAAAAGUAUUUAUCUGAGGUAUCAAAUAAAAAAUUGCUUGAUGCAGCUAGAGGUGGCCGAAGAAGGACCGACGAAUAUUCCGAUUCGGAAUCCACGUUAUCAAAACCACCACAAACGGCUCGUGAUAGAUUACUCUUUGAUUUGAAGCACACCGAACUUACGCAUAACUUCCACAGUCCCGAUGCUAUUGACGAUAGGAAUCAAAAAGUAGCCAUGGACAGAGCUCGCAGAAAAGUUGAAUUGCAGCAAGAGUUAAUGAAACAAAUCGAAGAGAAGAAAUUACAAAUCGAAAAAAUUCGUGCCAAAGAGAAGGAAGAUGAGGAGAUGUUGCAACGAAGACUGGAAAAUCAAAUGAAAGCUUUACAUAUGGCUGACGAGUUAAAGAAAGCAAAUAAGGAAAAGAUGCUGACUUCAGACCCCAUAAAUCGAACGUAUAGAACCACAAAUACUGUACCUAGAAGAGACAUUGACACUCACAUCGACGAGAUCAAGGCUGUGAAUGGUUCAUCGGCACCGGAGAAUCCACGUAGAAACGAUGUGAACCAAAACAGCGACCGACAAAUUUAUAAGUUCUUCAGCAACUCAGCACCGCACAAUGACGGUCAUUUAAACUAUUACAACCAACCAGUCGGAUUCAACAACAUGACAAUCACAAAUCCAUAUUUGCAUCACAUUUCGACAGCCGCCCAUAAUCCAACGCAACAUUGUAAUCGCUGCAGACGCGCCGUGCCAAUUUUAUGCAGUUCAUGCUGUCCCAAUGACCUGAAUCCAUCGUGUUUCUGUUGCUAUCAGUGCAAUCUCCUGCAGAAUAUGGACGCGUGCAAUAACUGUCGACGUGAGUGGAUAACAUCGUGGAGCCAUCACGGCGGUGUGGAACGUGGCCGCUACAACGUUCAUCACCAUCGGGACAAUCAUCGACCUCAGAUUCUUGAGAUUACCUACCAGGAUCACAGUUCACAGACAAAUGGUUCGACGACAUCACCACCAUUCAAAGGUGACAAUAUUGUGAUACGCUCUGAAUCGCCCGACACAAGUGGUAACUUAUCGAACCACAAAACGCACAACAAUAAUCAUCAAACAUUGACGCAUUCGGACAAAAUGGUUGGAAUAGGUACGUCGAUUCUACCGAAUAUUCCGGAAUCAGUAUCGCUAUCCAGGGAAGAUGAGUUGUUGGAACUCAAGCGUCGAAAUGACAUUUUAAUUGCUAAAUUUGCUCAACACUAUGGUUCGCUGCGGAAUCGCAGGUCCAUUCCCAAGGAAACGACGACGACUUCCUCCCGGCAUAGAGACGACUCAUUUCCAUUGCCACUAAUGCGUGAAGAACAUUUAACAACAACAUCGUUCCGACGAUCUGAUGCGGAAGCGAAACGUCAGAACAGCCAGGCUGUUAGGAAAUUGGAAUGCAAGUGGGAGAUACCUGUUGUACAGAGACAAGUAAUUACCAACAAUUCAGGGACGGUUUUAACACAAGUUGGUGCGAUUGCUAAACAAUUGCAGUUGGAAAAGUUGAAUUUUGGCGAUGAAUGAUUUUGUACUACGUGCUGUGAAUACAUUUGUUACGAAACCGA